CUGUUUCAGAUUGUGAAAGUUUCUUCGCAAUUGACGUUUUCGAAUACUGGAUCAUCGGACGCAAAUUAUGUAGAGGUGCUACUUAGCAAGGAGGAGGACGAACAUCUUUCCUAUAUCUCUGCUCAAGAGGGUAACAGCAAGGGAAAAUUGAAAGUUUCAAAACAAAAAGAAGAGAAGAAUGGAUUCCAUUCGUACAAAAUCGAGCUGCUGAAGCAAGUGGGAAAGGGUGGUGAAGUAAAGUUGAAGGUUGAGUAUAGACUGAUCGAGCUUCUCGAGCCUUUACCGGCAAAAAUUACCCAGAAGGAGAACCAGUAUGUCGUUUACAAUGGCAGUGCACACUAUGCAGCUGCUUAUCCUGUUGGGCAAGAGAAGACGACAGUGAAGCUUGGCCCUGGUAAAACGCUAUCUGUGUCGCAAGUAUCACCAACCACCCAAGAAAAUGAGAGAGUCGUUUAUGGGCCGUACAAGGACCAACCAGCAUUCAAUAAGAAACCCAUAAAAAUUCAUUAUGAGAACAAUGCUCCAUUUGUGGUGGCAACAGUGGUCGAACGCACUAUCGAAGUAUCACACUGGGGCAACAUUGCUGUGGAGGAAUACGUCGAACUUGUGCACAAGGGAGCGGAACUCAAGGGACCCUUCUCUCGCAUCGAUCAUCAACUGGAUCGUAGGGGACGUCGACAACCGGCUCUUCUGCAUUUCACGGCAACGUCCGCGAAGGAUAUAUACUAUAGAGAUGAGAUUGGAAAUAUAUCAACGUCAGCUGUGCGUCUUCGCGCUGACUCUGUUGAUGUUGAACUGAAGCCGAGAUUUCCCCUUUUUGGAGGAUGGCGCACUUCCUACAUUAUCGGUUAUAAUGUGCCUUCUUUUGAAUAUCUUUACAAUAAGGGCAACAAUUAUGCGCUAAAAAUGAGAGUCCUCGACCAUAUCUUCGAUAACGCUGUAGUUGAAAAGCUCACGACGAAGAUCAUUCUGCCGGAAAUGAUAAGGUAAUU